UCGUGCAUGCGCACUGAUUUUUGCGUCAGUAAAGUAUCUAAUACGACCAUAAAACUGGUGCCCUUAGUCGCCCUAAAGAAAAAUAGAAUUAUAAAUGAAAAUUGGAAAUACUUCUACAAUAAUAUUGUGUGGAUAAAUUAUAACAUAGAGAUAGGUGUUAAAAUAAUUUUACAGACAAAACAAAUUUUUUAUAACUAAAAAAAUGAUUUUCAUGAUUUUGGCGCCAACCGUUGCUAUGGGAUCAUAUAUUGUUUCCUAUAGCUACAGCACUGCGCGCUCAGCUUUUCUCGGCGCGCAUGCGCAAGCGUGACCCAAAUCUGCCAUCACGGAUCUGUAUUAACAUUGGUAGAUAAAUAUAAUCUAGAUAAAGUAGUUCAAACUUCUCUCGUAAGAUGACGAUAGUAUAACCUCAACAACGUCAUUCGAUCUAUCGAUUAUCGACGUUCAUUUCAAUAUGUUCCCUUAAAAGUCAAAUUAUCCAAAUAUUCAACAUUUUCGAUCAUUUCUCGCAUUAAAAACAUCGAGUAUAUAGAAUUUCUUUCGAGUUGCCGCACCACUACCAUCGAUGUACCAUUUGAUAAGAAAAUUGGUGACGUUAAAUGUUCGCGUUUGACGUUGGCUCGAGAUACGGUUCGAUAGUAUCGAGCUUUUUUGGCAGGUCGAAAGAAAGAUGUCCUUCGAUGGUAGAUUAGAAUGUUAUUAGUCAUUCGGUCUUGUGUUUGUAAGUAAAUAUCAGCUGGAUGCGCAAGAGGAAACGCAACGCGAUUCCGUGACAGGACGUAACUGUGUCUCUUUCGUCGAAUCCAGGAAUCGAGAUGAGUCUUUUCCAGAACUCCUCGCCUUUCGACGCUGACGUCGAGAAAGCAACUAGCGAGAAGAAUAUGUCAGAAGAAUGGGGGAAGAUAAUGGAUAUCUGUGACAAAGUAGGAACCUCUACUCAAAGUGCAAAGGAUUGUUUACGAUCGAUUGUCAAAAGACUGUAUUCUCCCGAUCCACACAUUGUUAUACAAGCGUUAACAUUGUUGGAUGCGUGUGUAAGCAAUUGUGGUAAAACGUUUCACCUGGAAAUUGCAUCGAGAAAUUUUGAGAACGAUUUGAGAAAGUUAGUUAAUCAUUCCCAGCCGCAGAUAGCAGAAAGAACAAAGGGUCUUUUGAAAAAAUGGGCCGAAGGUGAUUUCAAAAGCGAUCCUCAACUAAAUUUAAUUCCAAGUUUGUACAACAAAUUGAGAAACGAAGGUCACAAGUUCACUACUCUCUCAGAUAUGAAAAGCUUACUGCGUAAAAAUCCAAAUGUGGUAACAAAUUCACAGGAAGAGGAAGAUCUUGCAAAAGCCAUAGAACUUUCACUUAAGGAAACUAAAGCACAGAGUCAAGUGCUCUCUUCGCAUAGUUCACCAGCAUCAAAGAAGAGUACCAGUUUAUACCCAAACGUAAGUUCUGCUCUUGGUACUUCCAGCAGUUCUGAAGGCAGGAAGGUUCGUGCUCUCUAUGACUUUGAGGCAGCAGAAGAUAACGAAUUAACAUUUUUAGCUGGAGAAAUAAUUAACAUCUUGGAUGACUCCGAUCCAAAUUGGUGGAAAGGCACCAAUCACAGAGGCGAAGGACUUUUUCCUUCGAAUUUUGUUACUGCAGAUUUAUCUGUAGAGCCUGAACAGUUCACAAAGUUAGAACACAGUAAUAAAAAAAUGGUUCAAUUUGCUGAAGAAGUAGAAGUGAAAACGGUAAAGAGGGAGCCAGAAGUGAUCGAAGUUGAAAUAGAUGAAAGAAAAAUGGAUAAACUUCUACACUUGCUGCACGAAGCCGAUCCUCAGUGUGAUACAUCUGAUCCACAAGAAAUGAUCGACUUAGAAGAACAAGUGACCGCGAUGGGACCGCUGAUAGAUGCAGCUUUAGAGAAAGUGGACAGGAGGCACGCGCAGCUGACUCAGUUAAGUUCUGAUUUGGUGGAUGCUCUUAAUUUAUACCAUACGUUGAUGCGAGAACCUCCACCUCCCACAACGUCUAGCUACACCCUACCCAAGAUGCCACCGCAUAUAAAUCCAUAUCAAUUUCAAACUCCAGGACCACCACAUAUAUUUAACGGGGUGCCUCCACCUCAUCAACCUUCUUUUUCUAUCGGGGCUGGUUCAUCUGUACCAUAUGGUACCAACAAUCCAACGAACGAAUACAUAGGGCCUGCUAGCAUGCCAAACAUGACAUUACCCCAACAUUUUCACAUGCAAUCAGGACCACAUCAGCAUCCUCCUGGUCACUCUCAGGGUCCACCAGUGCUUGAACAUAAUAGCCUCCCUUAUUCUCAGCAAGGGCACGCCCAGCAAAGCGGACCCCUAAACCAGCUCAACCCUGCGAGAUAUGAAAUAUGUCCACUGUUCACUCACGGUUAAACAUGCGGCCGAAAACAUAUACACCCCCAUUUUGUUAAGACAAGGUUCGUCAAAUGCCCCUUUUUUUAUUUAUGCAAGGUUACAUACACCUUUUUGUUAUUACGACAAGGUCCCCACAAGGGAUAUAUUAUACUUCUUUUUCUUCUAAUUACCCAAAGUACAUAUUAUACUUCUCUUUUACCACUGUUAUUCAAAUGCAUCCAUUAACUGAACCAUCCAGUUUCGUUGCAAGUUCUAAUAAAUGGAGUCCUACUGCGAUUAAAAUUUGUCACCAUAUCUUAUACCUUUAUAAAACAUUUUUAAAUAUAGAAUACAUGUACCCUGUAUUUGAUACAGCGAUAUAGCAUUACUGAGCAUUUGACCACUACUUUGUUACAGUAUUCUUAGAUUCAUUAACAUAUUCUUGGCAUAGGCAUCGUUAUUGAAUAAAUC